GACGACGACAGUAAAAGCGAGGACAAGGGCUGGUCCUUUGAUUAUGUGUUAUGUGCUGGCCAGCAGCUUACAAUUGCUAAACUUGCAGGAGUUGUGGCUAUUCUCGAAGCGGAGCAAGAGUAGCUUCUGGUUCUCUGUUUCGAUUCUUCAGAGUGCUGGAGCCGUCGUAUUUGGCUGGCCAAGACAACUGGCUAUACCUUUGAUUUUUGGGUACCUUGCAUGGGUAUAUUUGCGACCAAGCAUCUGUCUAUUUCAAUUCUUCAGUGCUACAGUCAUCGGAUUUAGUUGGCCAAUACAACUGGCUAUAGCUUUGAUUUUUGGGUGCGUGGCAUGGGUAUCUUUGCGACAAAGCAUGCUCUAUCGUCUACUUCAAUUCUUCACUGCUGGAGCCGUCGGAUUUAGCAGGCCAAAACAACUGGCUAUAGCUUUGAUUGUUGGGUGCCUAGCUUGGGUAUUUUUGCGUCCCUGA